GAAUUGAUCCAUGAAGCAAUGGAUCAACUUCAAACUGAGAUUCACCUGAAAUUUUAUGAAGAUGGUCAACCAGGUCUACAAUAUUGGAGUCCCGCGUACCGACAAAGUGCCAUUGUUGAAAAUAUUUUGAGACCAUUUAACAUUGUAGGUUAUGUAAUUCUGCAACAAUUUGGCGAUACAAUAGAAAGACAUCUUAAAUCUGAAAUUCCUGAAAUAUCCUGGCUUCUUAAUGAAGGUACUCCUCGAUUUCCACCUGAUCUUCCACCAGACUUUGAUUCUCGUGCUUCAUUUAUUGGUGGUUCAGGUGGUCCUAAUGGAACAAUCGGUCCUCUAAUAAAUAAUAGUCGACCUUCAUUUUCAUCUUUCGCUAUUGGACAAAACUCUAUCAAUAACCAACCAAGUAAUCUUCAAACUAAUCCAAUAAAUAAUAAUAACUCAUCCCAACCAUUAUUUGGAACUUUGGGAAAUUUGAUUGCUCAAAUAAACACCAAUAGUCAACAAAAUAACAUUUCACCUAGUGCUACUACUACUGGACCGGGGAUAGGAUUAAACAUGUUUAGUAGUGUGACCGCUGCACCUUCUUUUAAUCUAUUUGGUACUACUACUGGAGUAAAUGCGUAUAAUAGAAACCCUAUAUUCCAAUCAAAUGGAUUUGGUACAUUUACAAAUGUUCAAACAACUAUUCCGUCAUUUGGAGCAUUCGGAUUUAAUCAACCGAUUAUCCAGACCACAAAUGAUAAUAAUAGUUUCGGAUUCAAUUCUCAACAGACUAGCCUACCAUCUUUUGGAAAUAUUACGAGUAUUCAAUCUGGGACAUCUUUUGGAUAUGGAAAUAUACAACCAGCUACUACUGCAACUAGUUUCAGAGUUGCUAUUACCUCGCCAACAUUUAUGACUAAUAAUAAUCAACCAAAUAGAUUUGUUGUUCCAGGAAAUUUUACUUUAAAUCCAAGGAUUACUUCUAAUGAUACAGUUUUUCGUCGUCGUCCUCGAAAUGAUGGAAGAUGCCUUGACUUGGUUAUAAAGAUUGUUUACGAUUACUCUGUUGCAAAUAUUAGAGCAAGUUAUUCCGGUUCUGAUAGUGAUAGAAUUAUUAAGAUUG